AAGAGCACUAUGUCCCACUCUACAUGUCUCGCUCCGAGCCUCAUAUGUGUUUGUUGGCAUCAGCUGUCCUCAGAGCUGAAUAGAGCAAGGACAUAUUUUCCUUCUGUCAAUGGGAUUAGAGGAAGAAAUGCUCUCUUCAUUCUGCUGCCUGUCAUCUAAGUACUGUGGAGACAAAAUGGAAACGCAGUGUAGACAGAAGACAGAAGAUCAAGAUAAGUCACAAGUUUGAAUUUCAAAGCUGCUCAGUUUUUUAGUUUCUUGCACAAAUGAAUAAGAGGCAAAUCUUCAGAUCUCGAGGUAUGUAUGGAUAUAACCAAGGCUGCAGGCUCAGAGACAUCAUCCUCAGACAUCAUCCUCUCCUCAGCAUCUUCUUUUGGGGCUUUCUACUAAACCUACGGGUCAGAUGAAGAGUUCAAAUGCUGCAUGCAGCACUGCAAUGGAGCCACAGGCUGCAUCCCUCAACCCCUGUGUCCCGUCCUCCUCUGUGUCUUCCAAACUUGGCCAGAGCAACUACAGGAGAAUCAGCCGCACAGAGGACAGCAGUGUUUAUCCCAUCCCUGGCCUGGCAGAUGACAUUCUGCACAUGAGAGUGAAAGAGGGAAGCAAGAUCCGCAAUUUACUGCGGUUUGUGACAGCUCGCAUGCACGGGGAGGGGAGAGACAGCGGGACAUCUCUGAGGCAGGUGGUCUUCACUGGCUCAGGUAGGGGAGUCACCAAGACUAUCACCUGCGUGGAGAUCCUGAAACGUAAAGUGGGAGGGCUGCACCAGGUGUCCAAAAUCUACUACAAGACAGUGAAUGAGGUUUGGGAGAGUCCACAGCAGGGAGCUGCAGGGACAAGCACGCAGAGGACGGUCCCUGCCAUCUGUAUCCUGCUCUCUAAAGACCCCCUGGAUCCCCAGGAGCCUGGAUACCAACCUCCACAGUCCCUGGGUGUUCCUGCAGAGGACACAGAGAGACGCAGGGCUCUGCUCAGGCCAGCUCACAGUCCGUCCUCAGAGGACAGAGCCAAGAGACUGUGUCAGGACGACUGGGGCAUGUGGUCCCCCUGAACAAACCAGGUCUCACUGCAGAUUGAAAAUUUCUAUUUGUUAGACUUGGUUAUUUUAUCAUGCC